AUGGAUGGCAAUGAACAGAUCACUCCUGUUGGUUGUAUGAUCCCUCAUUCCAACUACGACUCCUGGUUGGAUGACAACGACAUCAUGAUGAUUGAGCUGAACAAGCCACAUGAUAACUGGGGCCAUGUACUGUAUUAUGCUGGAUAUCUGCGGGCAACCAGGACUCCUGCCAGAUGUGCCUCUGCUGGUCCUGUAGUGUGUAAUGGGAAGCUACAAGGCAUAGUGUUCUGGGGAUUUGGAUGUGCAGAGAAAAACUAUGUCGUCAUCUCUGCCACAGCUAUCCAUUAG